UUAUGUAAAAUCCAAGAUGGCAGCCGCCUGCGCGAGAACGCUGGGUAAGGUCGGCAGGCUGGUAUUGGAGACACCGGCUUGCAGGACAGCGAACAGUUAUGCCGUGGUACCGAAAAUUACUCUCAAUGCAUCUAGAAGAGCAUACGGAACCGGUGCUGGAGGGUUCCGGUCCAAACCUUUCUUUACGACCCAGCUGCGUAGCGCCAGGGUGCUGGGAUGUGCGUUCCUGCUCGGUGGUGGGCUGGGUCUGUAUCAGACUCUUAAAUUAACUUUAGAGCGUCACCUUGCAGAAGAAGAGGCAAACACCUCUGGGUCCAGUGCAGGAUUGAAACUGACCCUUUACCAGUACAAGACGUGCCCCUUCUGCAGUAAAGUGCGGGCGUUCUUGGAUUACCAUGGGCUCCCCUAUGAGAUCGUGGAGGUUAACCCAGUCAUGAGGAAGGAGAUUAAGUGGUCCACCUACAGAAAGGUCCCCAUCUUGAUGGUGAACGAGUCGGUGCAACUCAACGACUCAUCCGUCAUUAUUAGUACUCUGAAGACCCUCUUAGUCAGCAGGGAGAAAACUAUUCCUCAGGUCCUCGAUUGCUACCCAGAGAUGAAGUCGGUAAACGACAGUGGGAAGGAGGUGACGGAGUUCAACAACAAGUACUGGAUCAUGGUGGCCGGUGCGGAGGAAGAGGCGCUGUACCCCGAGAAGGGCUCAAGGAAAGAGGAGAUCAAAUGGCGCAGGUGGGCCGAUGACUGGCUCGUCCACCUCAUCUCCCCCAACGUGUACCGCACGGCCGGUGAGGCCUUGUCCUCCUUCGACUACAUCGUGCGCGAGGGCAAGUUUAGCACCUUCGAGGGCUUCUUUGCCAAGUAUGUAGGAGCCGGUGCCAUGUGGCUCAUCUCAAAGAGACUCAAAAAUAAACACAACCUGCAGAACGACGUGAGGCUGGACCUGUACAAGGCUGUGAAUGACUGGGUGGCAGCCAUCGGCAAACAGAGGAAGUUUAUGGGAGGGGAUGAGCCCAACCUCGCAGAUCUGGCCGUGUUCGGCGUGCUAAGAGUGAUGGAGGGGCUCCAGGCGUUUGAGGACAUGAUGGAGAACACCAAGGUGAAGCCGUGGUACCGGCGCAUGGAGAAGGCCACGCAUCACAAGGAGGCGCAGCAAUGACGCCACCCUGGGCACCGGGACUGAGACGGAGCCUCCCUCACACACACACACACAGCACUUCCUCCUCCUGUGGGACAUGGACACACACCAUCAGAUGCUAACGCAUUUGGAACGACCGUCUGUGAUUGAUUCUUUUUUUUGUUUUCGUUUUUCCUCCUUCAGUGGCUAGCUUUGGAAGCUGCUCACCGCCUUCAAAAAAGAUGCAAUUUAGACAUAAUGUAAGGAAGAACAUGAACAGUAAUUUGAUUUGUGAAAACUGAUGUAUGAUCUAGUCUGCUCAUCUGUGAUUGCUAUGCAUUAAUGGAAUCCAGAGGUACUUAUGCGCCCAAAAUCAGUCACGGUUUAUACAUUUAACCGUGGCAAACACAUCACCAGUUCAUAACCUGGUCUUUCAAAGGGUAGUCGAAGCACUUGGUCUCAGCUUGUGCUUAGUGUAGUUAGCCCUGACCAAACAGUCUUAGCGUUCUUCAGGAAUGCAAAUGAUGUACUACGGUCUUUCCCUCUGCAGCUGAGGAUUGACAAGAUUGCAGUUUGUGUUAGUGAAAUGUAACGGUUUCUUUAGUUUCUAGAGGCAGUUAGGAAUAGACUGUCAAUGCAUUAUGCAAGGAAGAUGGCUAAAUGCAUUAUGCAAGGAAGAAGGCUAAAUGUAUAUGGGUUUUCUCUAACAAUCUGUAUUUUUGUUGGCUUUGGUUUCCUCAGUGAUUCUCUUCCAUUGGUUCAAAUCUAAUGCCAUUCAAUAGCACUUAGCAUCACAACAGUUAUUCUGCAUUUGUGUCCAUGUCUACCUCUAAUUUUGGAAGUCAUAACUCAAAAAUGUAUCACUCAGAAGACUGAUAUGACUUCUGACAAUAUAUCUGAACAAAAUAUGACUGUUGUAUUUGGUUAGGCCAGGUUUUGCAUUGGACAAACACACGAAACCUUAAUUGGUAAAUGGCCUCUAUGGCAUAUGGGAUAGGAAUUGGUCAUUUCUAUGCAUUGCCCCAUAACAAAAUGUUGGGUAAUUUAUUUCCUGUUGAAAAGGGUUCAAUAAAAAUGAAAAAUAUGUAUAAAAUAAAAUAACAUAAAAACCUGAAAA